AAUAUUUUCAGGGAAAAUUGUACUGUUUAGUUCUUUUUCGAGAUUGGUUCUGAGAUUUUUCACAGAGUCGCAGCCGAAGAAAGCGUGUUCCGGCGUAUCCUCGGCAGACAGGCAUAGGGCACAUAAGGGGGAGGGAGUUAAUUUAAAUCUAUUAAGGUAGCUAUUAAAAGAACCGUGACCCGACAUGAACUGCGAUAAGAAGAAAUCUGCUUCUCCAUGGGUCCUCUCCAUCCAGAUUUGCAAUGAAGGAAGGAGUCUAUGCAGCCAGCGAUCAUCUUGAUUUCCAGUACAUGUCCAACGAGUAUUCCAUCUCCUGUUAAUGUCUACCUCGAUUUCCAAUUUAUCCUCUUCUUUUUUAAUUUGGCGGAGUUUUCGUUCAAUCAGCAAGUCCGUUGGGGGGAUGUCCGUUAAAAUAUCCAAAACUGAGUUGCUCACCGUCCUGUAUGCGCAGCAUAACCCUCUUUUGAGCGGCCUGAUGGUUGUUGUAAUUAGUUUGAUAUUCUUUUUCUUGUUGCAACUUGCAGACCAUAUCUCUACCCCAUACCAUAAGAUGGAAAGUAUGGCGUAUACGAUUAGUCUUCUCUUCAAAAAAGAGGGCCCAUCAAUGUUUGGCAUUAUCGAGCGAAAGUGAUUAGUCACUCUCUUCGCCUUUUCGCACACUGUCUUGAGGUGGUGGGACAUGCUCAGACCCUUGUCUAGAAAGAAGCCAAGGUAUCUGAGCGAUGUCCCCACCUCUAAGAUCUGACCGUCUACUGAUAUCUGCGCUUCUACCCGAUCUUUCUUCUUGCCCUCCAAGAUGAGUGACUCGGUCUUGCUGCGUUCCAUUGUGAGAUCUCUUUUCUUUAACUGCUUGUUUGUUUGUGCUGUUAUCCUGUUACUGUCGUGGAGAAGGGUUUGCUUAUUUUUUGUGAUCAAUACGAUAAGCAUGUCAUCCGCGUAUGCAAUUUUUUCAGCAUGAGGAUCAGUUUUACUUUUAAUUAUAGGAUCGUACACAAUGUUCCAAAGAAGAGGGCCAAUGAUACUACCCUGGAAGCUGCCGGCGGUCACUUUAAAGAUCAGGUCGCCAGAUUCGACGUAUCUCUCCUUCAGGAGGCGUGGCAAGGAAUGUGGCUGGGCGUGACGUCAUUGGCCCUGGUCGUGAGUCUCUGCUCGGCGAGUUCGUCUGAGUUGGUGCUGGGCUACCUGACAGGGUCGCGGCGGAAGGAGGGCGAUCAGGUGUACGAGCGGCCCGGGCUCCAGAUUUCGGCUGCCCUCCCUCUUUCCAUCCGCGACGUCAACGAGCGGCUCCUGGCCCAGCGCAACGUCUCUCUCCGCUUCCGGGUCGCCGAGACUUUCGGCGAGGAGACACUCAGCAUCCUGGAGACGGCCCAGCUUUGGCGCGAGAACAUCUCCGCGUACAUUGGACCUCAGGAGACCUGCGUCCACGAGGGCCGACUCGCCGCCGCCUUCAACAUCGCCAUGAUCUCCUAUAUGUGCAGUGACGUAGAGGUCUCGGACAAGGAAAAUUUCCCUACUUUUGCGCGGACCAUUCCUCCGAUCACUCGAAUAUCAAAAUCAGUGGCUGCAUUGCUCAAAAAAUUCAACUGGACUCAGGUAACUUUCCUGUAUUUGGACUCAGCCGAGUUGAAAGUUGUGAAGUAUAGAAAAAUUGCUACUGCCAUCAUCGCUGUACUGGAGAAGGCUGGUAUUUACGUUAGAAUGAGACGGACCUGGGAGUCAUAUCACUACAUUUACGAUGCAAUAAAUCCCUUCUCCCAAAUCGUCGAGGAAACUUUCGAGGAAACUAGAAUUUACCUUAUUCUGCUCGGACCGUAUUUUGAACACUUUGGACUCUUGUUGGCAUUGAAGGAAAAGCGGUUGCUUGAGAAAGGCGAAUAUUUCGUGGUGGGGAUCGACACGGAGCUGUAUGACCCUGAGGUGGAUCCCUCCAAGUACCUGCGCCCGGUGCUGAAAAACGACGCACCGUUGGACCACGAGCUUUUCAAGGCGUACAUGGCCAUCGUGCCGACGGCCCACGAGGGUUUCAGCAACUUCUCCGACCGCGUCAUCGAAUGCAUGAACCAGAAGACAACAGCCACAGCCUCGGCCGCGUCAGCUUCUGAGCAAGCGUCGUCCCAAGGACAAAGUCCCGCUUCCUCAACGAUCAACGAGUGUGCCAAGGAACACAAGCUCUCCUACAGCAACGUCAUCAAGGAGUUUCCGCGCAACAUCACCAUCAAGAUCAGGCACGAGGCAGCAUAUCUUUACGAUGCCGUUCAGUUGUACGCAAUGGCUCUUUUAAAAAUGCUCGACCAAGGGGAGGAUCCGUAUAAUGGGUCGGCCGUCUUCGCUCAUAUUCAAAAUAAACAUUACCAAAGCGCCAUGGGAUACAUGGUGCACAUCGAUGAGAACGGAGAUGCGAGCGGUUAUUACGUGCUGCUUCACAUGGAGCCACUUCGAGAGGUGGACAAGCGGACGAGGAACGUGUGCAACGACGGCAAAGACCUCCUCAAAAGACCCAACAGCAAAGGCGGCAACUGCACCCAGAGUGACUACGGCUUUUACCCGGCCGGCGACUUCGUCCUCGUCUCCAACUCCACUGACCUGCCGGAGCUCCGACUGCUAUCCGAAGACAUCCUGUAUUGGAUUAACGGGAAACCUCCCGCUGCAGAACCAAAGUGUGGCUUCAAAGGAGAGAAAUGCCCGAAAUCGCAUAUCUUGGAGGUGAUGGGAGUUGUCGUGGGAGUGAUCUGUUCGGUAUUGACGAUUUCCGCGUUCAUCAUCUACCGAAACUGGCGCUACGAGCAGGAGUUGGACAGCCUCCUGUGGAAGAUCGACUUCAAAGACGUCGACAUGAACAUCGAGCAAGAUGCCUCGAACCGAACACACCGGGGUACCAGUGCGAGCAUAGGGACUAACGCGCAUCCGUUGAUCCGGACCAGCCAGGUCUCGUUGAGCUCGAAUCCAGAUGCGGAUUUCAGGUUCUCCACAAUCCACACCACCAUAGGCAUUUACAAGGGCCAGGUCUACGCCGUCAAGAGGAUCGCAAAGAAGUCAAUCGAUAUCACCCGUGUCAUGAAAAAAGAGCUCAAAACGUUGCGGGAUUUAAGGCACGAUAACCUGAAUGCCUUCAUAGGAGCCUGCACGGAGCCACCGAACAUUUGUAUAGUGACUGUCUACUGUACGAGAGGCAGCCUUAAGGACAUCCUAGUGAAUGAGGACAUUCGGCUAGACAGUAGUUUCAUAGCAUCUUUUGUCGACGAUAUAAUUAGGGGGAUGAUUUUCCUUCAUAGCUCUCCGUUUCAAAUGCACGGGAACUUGAAAACUUCAAACUGUCUCGUAGAUUCAAGGUGGGUGUUGAAGUUGACAGAUUUUGGUCUGUGGCAGUUCAAAAGUGAUCCCGAGAACCACCCUCACCAUUUCUUAAAACAUAAUCAAGAUACGAGCGAAUCACCCAACUGUAAAUGUGAAGGGUUGUUGUACAGGGCACCAGAACUCCUGCAGGAGCCAUCUCUUUUAUUCAACGGAGGGACUCAGAAGGGAGACGUUUACUCUUUCGCCAUUAUUCUCCACGAGCUCCACAGUCGGAAGGGACCGUACGGAAAGGACUUCGUCCAAGAGGGCCACGAUCCUCUCACUCCGUUCGAGAUCUUAUGUAGGAUCACCCAGUCAAAAAUUGAGUACCGGCCAAAUCUUGAACUACUGGAAAACAGUUUUGAGUAUGUUCGAGACUGCUUGCAAGAGUGUUGGGACCAAGACCCAGAGAAACGUCCAGACUUCAAAAUGGUGCGGAUGAAACUGCGGCUUAUGAGGAAAGGGAUGAAAUCAAAUAUUGUGGACAACUGCAUGGCAAUGAUGGAGAAACACUCAUCAGGAAUGGAAUAUCUUGUCUCUGUACGCACUGCUGCUCUCAAUGAAGAAAAAAAGAAAACAGAGGCUUUGUUGAACAAGAUGCUUCCUCCUUCAGUAGCUGAACAGUUGAUUCAAGGCAAAGAAGUCAAACCUGAAGGCUUUGACUGUGUCACAAUUUUUUUCUCAGAUAUUCAAGGUUUCACAGAAAUGUGUGCCCAAAGCACACCUUUAGAGGUGGUCAAAUUCCUAAAUUGUCUCUAUUCUUGUUUUGACGAGAUUAUUGACCACUUUCUUGUAUACAAGGUGGAAACUAUUGGUGAUGCUUAUAUGGUGGCAAGUGGCUUGCCCAUCCGAAAUGGAAAUUUUCAUGCUGCUGAGAUAGCUACAAUGGCGUUAGAUCUGUUAGAGGAAGUGAAAGCAUUUAAAAUCGAGCAUCGUCCAGAUGAUAAAUUGCAACUCAGGAUGGGGAUUCACUCAGGUCCUGUGUGUGCAGGUGUUGUAGGACAAAAAAUGCCGAGGUAUUGUCUGUUUGGGGAUACUGUUAACACAGCGAGUCGUAUGGAGUCAAAUAGCGAACCACUGAAGAUUCACUGCAGCAAUGAAACAAAAGAAUUGCUGAAGGCUCUCGGUGGUUAUUUGUUGGAGAAAAGAGGCGAAAUCGAGAUGAAAGGGAAAGGUCUAGUCACAACACACUAUUUAUUAAAAGAAGACCACAGUCAUCGUGAAAGGCGUAAUAUUGAGCGAGACAAGUGGCGAGCUGACUUGGACAAGAACAUUCUGAAAAGAACAAAAAACCUUGAAAGCAAUGGAUAUCCACAGCGCGGUAAUGGAUUACCGAGAAGCAGUUUGAAACAUCGGAAUCCUGCAACAAAUACUCAGACCCUUUUAUCGCGAUGUGUCAGCUUAGAGUCGCCUAAAAGGUUAAGGUUCGCCAAUAAUCCAGAAUUGAAAUGUCCUCGUGAUUCUUUAGAGAUUAUCUCUGAUUCUAGUCCAGCAAAAAGACGACCCUCUGGUGUGAUGGAACUAGAUGAGCUGUUUUGUGAACGGCACUUUAGUGCAUCUUGUCCUUGUAUUAAGGAUGUUAUUCCGACUGUGAAUGGGGUUGAAAUUGAUAAUUCCUCAAAAACAUCGAAACGGACAGAUUUGCUGUCAACAAGUGUUCCUUCAUUGUGCCCAGUACUCCCUUUGUCACUUAAAUCUGAUAGAACGGAUAUUGACAUCAGAUCAUUGAAUGAUGACAGUGUUUCAAUACCCCUUCUGAGUUUCAAUGAACAGUGUAAGGACUGAUGAAAAUGUUUCUUCGUAAACUUCCUAGAUGCAACCAAUUUUUCUGUACAAACUUUGUGGAUCUCUAGCUUAAUGUUAGGUUUGGAGAAUUUUUAAUUGACUUCAACCAAGAAACUAUCUGCAGAAAUUUGAUUUAGUGCCGUAAUACGCUAGUUUCAAUCCAGCGUAAAGUGUAACUCUCUAAUGCAGUCGUGCAAAAGACAAUUUAAAAAAAACCUUACACAAAAAAAUAACUCAGAAACUUACAUAAAUUCUCAAAAUUUACUUUAAAUUUUCUUAAAAAGUGAAGGAAUAAAGGAUAUUCUCUGGUUUUUAUUUGCAAAAAGAAACUGCGAGACAAGAAACUAAGAUGUCUAAAUGUACUUCGCAAGUGAUGGUACAAAAAGGCUUUAUUUUUCACCAUUCUCAUACUGGGUAUUUUUUUGCAAAACAGUACAUUUUCAUGCAUUUGCGCACUGGGUAUUGAAUUUCUAUACUUCUAAAGUUGAGUGCCCUUCUGUGUAAUAGUAAGUAUUGUCAGUGUAUUGGAAGACUGAAAUUUUAUCAAAUUUAUAGAUGGGCACUAGAAGUUUUUUAAUUCAUAUUCUGUCAGGUACUCCUCAUACUUUCAAUCUGAGUGUAUUUUAUCAUAAUAUUCGAUUAGGUUUUAAAUAUUUGCUAAUAGCGUUUCUGGAAGUGAAGAAGUAUUUCUGAAAGUGAUAUAGUUUCCUGCAAUUAGUCUCAGAAACUGCAAAAUAUUAUUGUGUCCUUCUUUUACUUAUGAAUCAUUAGCUGAGUUAAGUUUUUGACGUUACUUAUUUUCUAAUUUUAUCUCUUUUAAAUACUUUUUGAAUUUUAAUUUCGAUUGGAAACUUUGUAAAUUUAUCAUAAAAUUUAUGAUAUCAGAAUGAAGGAUGGUAGUUUAUCUACCAAUUUUACGAAGGAGCAGUAUAAAUCUUCAAUCUAUUUUUAAGGCAUUAAUUGAUAAAUAUCGAUUGAUUCUGUAAAAUUUCACUUUUUUUUAUUUAGAGAGAAGAAGAGUUUUACAAAUUUUCACUGGGUCAUAAUGCUCUUGGCCUUUCAUCCCUUCAUUCAUAUCCCUCACUGCGUGUAACUCUAUCGUUCUCUCAGUGAUCAACUGGAAGGAACUAUUCAAUGCAGAACGAGGCCAUAGCUGCUUGCCUUAAAAAUUUACUGCCUUCACAUUGAUUUAUUGUAAAUGGAAGAAAAAACAUCAUUUUGAAGUACAUAUGACAUCAAAAUUUUGCCCACAGACAAUGUAACCAAAUAAGAAACAACUUUCUCUGAAUCCUUAUAAUUUUUUAAACCUUCGUGCUCACUGUGACAUUCCUGACAUGUAAGUUAACUUAGGUAGAAGUUUUUAGAACAUAGAUAUUUUAUUAGUUAAAUUGCUUUUGACUUAGAUUUUUAAUUGAACAAAUGAUUUUUAAAAUCUCUAUGUAAGGUUUAGUCCCUUUACUGCUUGUAAAAUGUUUGUGAGCUGUUUAGUCCCUUUACUGCUCGCAAAAUGUUUGAGAGCUCUCUGACUGUGUUAUUGUCUCAAUGGUUGAAAAAAUAAAUAAUUGUUUACUUUAA